AUGAAAAAGGGAAAAACAUGGGAGAAACUUCAACUUGCUGCAAGGGUUAUUGUUGCAAUUGAGAAUCCUCAGGAUAUUAUUGUUCAAUCUGCUAGACCUUAUGGACAGAGAGCUGUUCUCAAAUUUGCUCAAUAUACUGGUGCUCAUGCUAUCGCUGGAAGAUACAUUCCUGGAAUUUUUACUAAUCAGCUUCAAACUUCAUUCAGCAAGCCGCGUCGUCUCAUCCUCACUGACCCAAGAACUGAUCACCAGCCAAGUAAAGAAGCAGCUCUUGGGUAUAUUCCCACAAUUGCUUUCUGUGACACUGAUUCUCCUAUGCGAUAUGUUGACAUUGGAAUUCCUGCCAACAACAAAGGGAAGCAUAGCAUAGGUUGUCUCUUUUGGCUUUUGGCUAGAAUGGUGUUGCAGAUGCGUGGUACAAUUCGCCCUGGUCUUAAAUGGGAUGUCAUGGUGGAUCUAUUCUUCUAUAGAGAACCAGAGGAGGCUAAACAGGAAGAGGAGGAUGAAGUUCCUGCUCCAGACUAUGCCAUUGCUGACUUCAAUGCAACAGCUAACCCCAUUGAUGGUCAGUAG